UGAGGGAGAUGAAACCUGGCAUAUUAUCACAUGAAUUGAAAGAAGCUCUUGGUAUGCCUGAAGGUGCCCCUCCUCCAUGGCUUAUUAAUAUGCAGAGAUACGACCCUCCACCAUCAUACCCUUCCCUGAAGAUUCCUGGACUGAAUGCUCCCAUCCCCCCGGGAGCUAGCUUCGGUUAUCAUCCUGGUGGAUGGGGCAAGCCUCCAGUUGAUGAAUAUGGACGCCCACUGUAUGGAGAUGUUUUCGAUGUUCAACAACAAGAUCAUCCCAACUAUGAGGUUUGGUUUAAUCAGAAGUUCUCUGUACACUACUACCACAAAAACACUAAUUUGGGACGGACAAAUCCGUCGCAUAACAGUUAA